AUGACCAUCCUUCUUCUCUUCCAGGCACCCAAGAAGGCAAAGAGGAGGGCAGCAGAAGGGAGCUCCAAUGUCUUCUCCAUGUUUGAACAAACACAGAUCCAGGAGUUUAAAGAAGCCUUCACUGUUAUUGACCAGAACAGAGAUGGAAUCAUUGACAAGGAGGACCUACGAGAUACAUUUGCUGCUAUGGGUCGCCUGAAUGUGAAGAAUGAAGAGUUAGAUGCCAUGAUCAAGGAGGCCAGUGGCCCCAUCAACUUCACUGUCUUCCUCACCAUGUUUGGGGAGAAGCUGAAGGGUGCUGAUCCUGAGGACGUCAUCAUUGGUGCCUUCAAAGUGUUGGACCCCGAGGGCAAGGGGAAUGUCAAGAAGAAAUUCUUAGAAGAACUCUUGACUACCCAGUGUGACCGGUUCACUCCAGAAGAGAUCAAGAACAUGUGGCACGCUUUCCCUCCAGAUGUAGCUGGCAAUGUUGACUACAAGAACAUCUGCCAUGUCAUCACACAUGGAGAGGACAAGGAAGGGGAAUAA